UACCUGGUCCGUCAGUUCAGGUUGAGCGCUCGAGCUGGUCGGUUGUCAGGCGCGCGUACCCCAAAGAGCUACAAAGAGGGCUUCCAGUGAAAUCAGCGGCCCAGGCGAUCCGUUCCGUGUGAUACCCGUCGUUUCGUGAAGUGUAGUGAAAAGCCAAUUCGAAUCGGACGAGGCCAGACAGCAGACACGAUACACGAGACGUUCGACAGAACACACCUCAAGUGCCCAAGUACAGCCAAUAACCCAACGAUCCAACGAUCCAACCAUCCAACGACCAAGCAGCCCCUCCAGCCAACACACGCAGCUACAAAAUGGAAUACCGGUGCUUAAGAAGAAGUUCUGUCAAACACCUAACGGCUCUCUGCGUCAUCAGCAUCGCACUCACCUGCGCAAACGCGGCGCUGUGGCCGAGCUACAGCAGCGAUGAUGCGCCGCCCAGCCGCUGCAGCGGUGGGCGGGGCCUGAAGUACCUGUCCGGCGACGCGCUCACGGACUCACUCGAUUGCCUGGGGCCCAACAAUGCGCCGUAUCCAAGCGCGGCCGUGGCGCGCACCUUCUCCAACUGGAACGGAAACUCGCGACGUGGCCGCCAGAGCAAAUUGCCCAGCACACUGGACCCCGCCAUAACCACCAGUGCUCUACUGAGGGCCUACGACGAGGUGAACAACGAGGCCGUCGGAAGCAGUCGCUAUGGUCGAUCGCUGAAGAACGCCACGCCGCAGUGCAAGAGCGACACGCCGGCGCGUCUCUGCAAGACUCGCUACAACACCACGGCGCCCAUGUACGGGGUUAGCCUGACCUCCGGUCAGCCGGUGACCAUCGUCCAGAAGUUCCCCGACCUCCUCCAGCAGGUGGUCUUCGAAGUGUGCGAGUCCUCCGAGUGCGACGUGGUUCGGGGCGAGUGUACGCAAACCUAUGUGCCCUACCUUUUCCUGGUCAUCCCCCUCGGCCCGGUGACGCUGACUGGCCAGGAUUACGUGCUGGUGGAGAGCGGAUGCGUCUGCAAGCCCAAGUACUCGACGGGCGCCGCCCAGGAGCCCAACAUGAUACCCUAGGAGCGGGCAGAGGAGGCGGUAACCACCAGGAACACCAACAGCAACCAAAAGAACUGAGCGAGUUUUGGGUCGGAGCAGAGCGGAGCGGAGCUGGGCCAAGCUGGCUGGCUGGCUAAAUUAAUGUGUACUUAAAAAGAGGAAUUAUUUUUUGUAGCGAAAUCAAUUUUGCAAUGUUAUUUAAUGUUUUCCCCCAUCUCUCAUCCUUCUUUCAUUCCCCCUCAGCUGUAUAAAAUUGAAAUGCAAUUUUGCUCAAAAAAUAAUCAAAUCCUAAUGUUAAGUCUAAAUUUAAACAAAAUUGAAUUGAUGCCGCCGUGCAUUUGUAGUGUGUAUUUAUUAGAACCCCUAACUACGGCAUUCGAAAAUGCUAAAUAAAAACAUUCGUUUCGAAAUGUGACAA